AAGAAAACAGUUAUUCACAAUAUCUAGCCGAGAGCCGUGCACAGCUUUCAGUUAGUUUUGGUCGAUUAACUUUCAAUAUCGCAUCGAAUUGCGCUGUUACAAGUAUAACACAAACGCUUGAAAUUUAGUCAAAAGUUGAGUGAGUGGAAGAAUGGCCAAGUUUAUGUUAAUUUGUUACGUCAUACUCUUAUUUGCCGGUGUUAUAAACAGUGAAAUAAUAGCCUUUGAAAACUGUGAAGAUUCCGACGACUCUGUUUGCGAAGUCAAAGAAGUCAGAGUUGAGCCGUGCAAAGAAGCUAAGAGUAAAAAACCAUGUAAAUUUAAAAGUGGCACGAACGCCACUAUUGAAUUUGACUACGUUUGUCACUUCGACACUGAUAAGCUUUUGAAUCAAGCUUAUUCGGUCACAUCUUUGCUAGAUUUACCCCUAAUUGGAAUGGACAGAGAUGGCUGUAAAUCUGCUCAAUGUCCGAUGAAAAGUGGAGAUACUGGAGUUUACAAACAUCAGCUUCAUAUUUCACCUGCAUUUCCUUUAUUAAAUUAUAAUGUGAAAUGGAGACUGUGGGACGCGCACGAUGGGAAAAAGGGAUGCUGUUUCACUUUUAAAAUAAAACUUGUAAGAUAGUGUAGUGUAUAACUUUUGGCUUUAAAUAAAGCAGACAGAUUUUCGUA